CCCCCUGGCAGCUGAAAGGAUCGGUUUCUGCGAAGAAUGUCUUUGAUUCGGGUUGGAAUCUGCGCUGGGAUGACGGAGGAUGUUGUCCAAUCAUUGAAUACAGCAAAUAUACGGAACCUUGUGGAGUUUAUUGAUGCAGAACUGGAAGAAUUAGUUCACACGUCAGGUAUAUCUUACAAGGAAUUGGUGGCUUUAAGAAGAGUUGUACUUGCUGAAUUCUCAGCUUUCCCACUGCAAGCAUCAGACAUUUAUCGAAAACUCAUAAAAUCAGCAGCCAUCUUGUGUACAGGUUGUGUCAGGUUGGACCAAUUACUUGAUGGUGGAUUAUACACAGGAGAAAUGACCGAAAUUGUUGGUAGCAGUGCUGUUGGCAAGACACAGGUCUGUCUGAGUGUCGCAGCCAAUGUUGCCAAGGAAACAAAACAGAAUAUUCUCUAUAUUGAUACAUCAGCUUCCUUCAGUGCUGAGAGGAUCAGCGAAAUGGUUGCUGUUGAAGAUGAAGAAACAGAAGAGAAUCUGAAAGCUGUUCUCGGUCAUAUUCAUUGUGCCAAAGUAUUUAAUGUGUUUGAAUUAUUUGAAGUCCUGGAAACCACAAGACAAGAGUUAAUUAAACAGAAUUCCAGUUUCUUCAGUGGUCUUCGGUUAAUUAUCUGUGACAGUGUCUCAGCAGUUCUCUCCCCUCUCGUUGGAGGACAUCAGACUCAAGGUUACAGUCUGUUGGUCCAGGUGGCCCAGAAACUGAAGGCUCUCGCUCUUGAAUACUCCCUGGCUGUGUUGGUGACCAACAAUAUAAUUGGAUCUGACCAGAGCCGACCAGUGGCCAGUCUAGGCAGGACAUGGCAGUCUGUGCCCCACAAUCGACUUCAUCUCAACAGACAAACUGCAGCUCCAUCCAAUCUUGGUCAACUGGUUGGUUCCAUCACUAUUUUGAAGAGUUGUCGUCAGCCAACUGGAAUGUCUACAGAGUUUGAGAUUUCUUCAUCUGGUCUUCAAUGAAAUGAAAGGAAAAGUCAAAGCAAUGCUUACUGGAAUCAAAUUUUGGAUCUUUGAAUUCAAUGGAGUUGUUAAUUUAUACUUAACAGCUUGUGGUUUUGUAUGACACUGUGUCCUUAUGACAGGAAAACUCUCUGGAAUACUACAGAUGAGAUGAGAGUGGUGCAAAGAAUUUAUUCUUCACCCUUACUGGGGUUUAUGUACCAGUCAUGUACUGGGGUAAUGAAUCUCAAAUAAUGAAGCUCAGGGAACACAACCUAUUUAUCUGACCUGGCACACAAAUAGAUAAUUUGGCUUGUUAAACCGGUUUAGACUUUAUCCACAUUUGAUAAUAUUUCAUAUUUCACAUAGAAAUAUAAAUUGUAGCAUUUUUCAAAACAAGUGCCUUUAGAAGGGAUAGUGUUUCUUCAUGUAAAAUAUUUGUAAAUGAAUUUUGUGUUUGGAAUAUAAAAGUGUAUUGUAAUAUGAAAUAUGAACAGUGAAUUAUGGAACACUGUGAAGUUUAAACCAUUGUGAUAUGUGAGGUACUGUGAAAUGUGAAAGAAAGUGUAAUAUGAAACAUUUUUUACAUAUUUCAUUAUUUGACAAUGUUAUAUAUGAAGAGACACUGUGAAAUAUGAAACACUGAAAUACAAGGUACUGUGGAAUAUGAAAUAUUAUGGAAAUAUGAAAGACUCUGAAACGUGUAUUAUUGUAAAAGCAGUGCCAAAGUUGACACACUGUAAAAUAUACAAUGGUGUAUAUUCAUAAAAUAUGCAAUCUGUACAUAA